AUGCCAGGGCCCUGGCCAGGGCUGCGCCGGGCGCUUCUCGGCCUCUGGGCUGCCCUGAGCUUGGGGCUCCUUGGCCUCUCAGCGGUCGCUCAGGAGCCUUUCUGGGCGGACCUGCAGCCCCGCGUGGCGCUCGUGGAGCGCGGGGGGUCGCUGUGGCUGAAUUGCAGUACUAACUGUCCACGGCCGGAGCGCGGUGGCCUGGAGACCUCGUUGCGCCGGAACGGGACCCAGAGGGGUCUGCGCUGGUUGGCAAGGCAGCUGGUGGACAUUCGCGAACCAGAGACUCAGCCGGUCUGCUUCUUCCGCUGUGCGCGGCGCACACUGCAGGCGCGUGGGCUCAUCCGCACUUUCCAGCGCCCGGAUCGCGUAGAGCUGGUGCCGCUACCCCGCUGGCAGCCGGUGGGUGAGAACUUCACCCUAAGCUGCAGGGUACCCGGCGCGGGACCCCGUGCUAGUCUCACGCUGACGCUGCUGCGAGGCACCCAGGAACUGAUCCGCCGCAGCUUCGCCGGGGAGCCUCCACGGGCGCGGGGCGCGGUGCUCACGGCUACCGUUCUGGCGAGGAGGGAGGACCAUGAGGCCAAUUUCUCAUGCCACGCGGAGCUGGACCUGCGGCCACAUGGGCUGGGGCUAUUUGAAAACAGCUCUGCCCCCAGACAGCUCCGGACAUUCUCCCUUUCUCCCGAGCCCCCGCGCCUGACCGCUCCCCGGGUUUUGGAGGUGGGCUUGGAAGAGCCUGUGACUUGCGCCUUGGACGGACUGUUCCCAGCCUCUGAAGCCCAGGUCUACCUGGCGCUGGGAGACCAGAGGCUGAGUCCCGAAGUCACGCAUGAGGGGGACGCGCUCACAGCUACCACCAUAGUCAAGGCGCGGGCAGAGGAGGAGGGCAUCAGCAAACUGGUCUGCCAUGUGACCCUGGGAGGCGAGAGCCUCGAGUCCCGGGAGAACGUGACCAUCUACAGCUUCCCCGAACCCCUCCUAACCCUGAGCGAGCCCAUAGCUCCAGAGGGAACUCCGGUGACGGUUACCUGCCACGCUGGGCCCCGAGCCCUGGUCACCCUGGAUGACGUUCAAGCCUUGGCCCCGGGGCUGCCUGCCCAGCUCCAGCUAAACGCCACAGAGUAUGACGAUAUGCGCAGCUUUUUCUGCCACGCCGCUCUGGAGGUGGACGGAGAGACCCUGAGCAAGAACCAGAGCGCCGGGCUACGCGUCCUCUAUGCCCCCCGGCUGGACGAUUCGGACUGUCCAGCUCUCUGGACGUGGCCGGAAGGCCCGGAGCAGACGCUGCGCUGCGAGGCCCGCGGAAACCCGGCGCCUUCUGUGCACUGCGCGCGGUCCGACGGCGGGGCCGUGCUGGCGCUGGGCCUCCUGGGGCCGGUCACGCGCGCUCUCUCGGGCAGCUACCGCUGCACGGCGGCCAACGUCCAGGGCAAGGCGGUCAAGGACGUGAUGCUGAUGGUGGAAUACGCCCCUGCGCUGGACAGCGUGGGCUGCCCAGAACGCAUUACGUGGCUGGAGGGAUCAGAGGCUGCGCUGAGCUGCGUGGCGCAAGGGGUCCCGCCGCCGGCCGUGCGCUGUGCGCGCUUGGAUGAGAGCCGCAUGGUGGAGGGGCUGCUGCACGUGGGCCUGGAGCACGCGGGCACCUACCGCUGCGAGGCCACAAACUCCCAAGGCUCUGCGGCCAAAAAUGUGGUGGUCAUAGUGGAAUAUGCCCCCAGGUUUGAGGAGCUGAGCUGCCCCAGCAACUGGACAUGGGUGGAAGGGUCUGAGCGGCCGUUUCCCUGUGAGGCUGACGGGAAGCCAGAGCCAAGCCUGGAGUGCGUCGGCUCCGGGGGUGCCAGUGAGGGACUAUUGCUGCCGCUGGCAUCCCCAACUCCUACUACCGGAGCCACCAGCGUCCCCACAGCCCUGGCCCCGGGCAUCUACGUCUGCAACGCUACGAACAAGCACGGCUCCGCGGUCAAGACGGUCGCCGUGAGCGCGGAGUCGCCACCACAAAUGGAUGAGUCAACCUGCCCCAGCAACCAGACGUGGCUGGAAGGGGCUGAGGCGGCCGCGCUGGCCUGCGCCUCCCGGGGUCGCCCCUCCCCAAGGGUGCGCUGCUCCAAGGAGGGCAGCCCCCGCCCUGAGAAGCAGCGCGUGUCCCGAAAGGAUGCGGGGACCUAUCGGUGCGUGGCCACCAACGCUCACGGCACAGACGCCCGGAUGGUCACUGUGGGCGUGGAAUACCGGCCGGUGGUGGCUGAGCUGGCAGCCUCGCCCUCGGGAGGCGUGCGGCCUGGUGGGAACUUCACCCUGACCUGUCGCGCCGAGGCGUGGCCUCCAGCCCAGAUCAGCUGGCGCGCGCCUCCAGGGGCCUCCAACAUCGGGCUGUCGAGCAACAAUAGCACUUUGAGCGUGGCCGGAGCCCUGGGCAGCCACGGUGGGGAGUACGAAUGCGCAGCCACCAACGCGCAUGGGCGCCACGCGCGGCGCAUCACGGUGCGGGUGGCCGGUCCGUGGCUGUGGGUCGCCAUAGGUGGCGCGGCGGGCGGUGCGGUGCUGCUGGCCGCGGGGGCCGGCCUGGCCUUCUACGUACAGUCCACGGCCUGCAAGAAGGGCGAGUACAACGUGCAGGAGGCCGAGAGCUCGGGCGAGGCCGUGUGCCUUAACGGUGCGGGCGGCGGCGCCGGUGGGGGCCCCGGAGGAGACAGUGGGCCGGAGGCAGAGGGCACAGCUGAUGCGCCCGCGGGGGGCGAGGUCUUCGCCAUCCAGUUGACGUCUGCUUGA